UCAGCGCGAUGGCGGGGGAGGCGGCGGCGCUGCUGGCGGCGGCGCGGGCGGAGCUGCGGGCGCGGCGGCUCUCGGCGGCCGAGGAGCUCUUCAGCCUCUUCAUCGCCCGCAGCCCCGCGGGUGCCCGCGGCGACCUCGCCACGGCGCUCAACGACCGCGGGCAGGUGCGGUAUCUGCGCGUGGAGUUCGCCGCCGCCGUGCGGGACUUCACGGCCGCCAUCGAGUGCCAGCCCGGCUUCGAGGUGCCCUACUACAACCGCGGGCUGGUGCGCUACCGGCUGGGAGACUUUGAUGAGGCCAUGAAAGAUUUCAGGAAAGUACUAGAGUUAAACCCCCAGUUUGAAGAUGCUGCAUUGAGUCUAAAACAGGCUAUUCUUGAUAAAGAAGAAAAACAGAAGCGGGGUUAUUGACAGUUCAGGUGAUGUGAUGAUGUGAAUUCAGGUGAUGUGAUGUGAAAAUAUUCCCCUACACACGUGAUUUUUGUCAUUGAUGGAUGAAACACAAGAUCAUUUACAUCUGUUAAUGACCUGUUGAAGAACUUAGUUCUUAGAUAAAUAAGUUAAAAAUUGAUCUGGAUUUGGGAUUUUUAUUCUUGAGGGAAAGUGUAACGUUGAUCUCUGUGAGACACGUGUAUAGAUUUUGUACAGAAAUACUUUGUAAUUCUAUAGUAAAUGUGUUGGCCAGAUUAAUUGAAAAUAAAAAUGAACAUGUGCUUUUUAA